GCGGAAGCGCUUGUUUGUGUUUUGGUUCUAAGGGGAAGUUGCGAGAAGAAAGAAAGGAGGAGACGUGACAGGAUUGUUGAAAUUAUUUUCUUGGUUCCCCCCAAGUAACACCAGCUCAUCAAAGUGGUCCCAAGUUCCGUGUGUGCGAACUGCAUCGGUGCUAUUUGAAGUCGUACGUCGCCUGGCUCUCAGCAGAAGUCCUGACAGUGAGGUUCGGCACACAGGAUACCUGUGGAUCUGACUAGGUCAUGGCCAAUCGAGGAGGAGCUACAAGACCCAAUGGACCAAAUGCAGGGAAUAAGAUCUGUCAGUUUAAGCUGGUGCUGUUGGGGGAAUCAGCUGUGGGGAAGUCUAGCUUGGUACUUCGCUUCGUCAAAGGCCAGUUCCAUGAAUUCCAGGAAAGCACAAUAGGAGCGGCCUUCCUUACCCAAACAGUGUGUCUUGAUGACACAACAGUGAAGUUUGAAAUCUGGGACACUGCAGGCCAGGAGCGUUAUCACAGUUUGGCACCAAUGUAUUACAGAGGAGCACAAGCUGCCAUUGUGGUCUACGACAUCACAAAUGAGGAGUCCUUUGCACGGGCAAAGAACUGGGUGAAGGAGCUACAACGACAAGCUAGCCCUAAUAUAGUCAUCGCUUUGUCAGGAAACAAAGCUGACCUGGCCAGCAAAAGAGCUGUGGACUUCCAGGAUGCCCAGUCCUACGCAGAUGACAACAGCUUACUUUUCAUGGAGACAUCAGCCAAGACAUCUAUGAAUGUGAAUGAGAUAUUUAUGGCCAUUGCAAAGAGAUUGCCAAAAAAUGAGCCUCAGACUGCGGGAGCAAACACUGGGCGCAGCCGGGGAGUGGACCUGACGGAAACUGCCCAGCCAGCCAAGGCUCCAUGCUGCAGUAACUAACAUGAAGAACACCCUCCUCCCUACCAACCUGUAUAGCAGUAACUAAUGUGGCCAAUGCCCCAAAUGCCACUGCAGUUACUAAUGCAAAGUGUUGCCCAUACUCUGAAAGAAGAAAAUAUGACCUGUGCCCCCACCGCACCAUCCACUCUUAACAUAGUCAUUGCCAUCACACUGAUCUUUCUUUGUGGCUCUGCUGCCUCUUUUCCUCCAUUACGGUUCUGCUGCUACCUGGGGAAGCCUCCUAACCACUCUGUCUUACUUUCUACUAUCAAGCUUAUUAGAUCUAUCACAUUAUUGAUAAAUCAGUGAUAGCAGAUAUUAGAAACAUUAGAGCACCCUUCCUCCCAUUGUCAUCAUCCUUAGAGCGUGUAGAUGUGAGUUUCAUCUGGGGGAAGUGAUCACUUCCCUUUUCUGGGAUAGCUUAAGACUUUACACUUGCAUUUCUAAUACCAGUCUUCUGUUUUUGUUCAUUUUUUUAUUACUUUGUUGAUUAUUGUUUACUGUAAUUUUUGUAAAAUUUAUGGAUGCACAUGCACAGCAUAUUUAGAUGGCCUAAAAUACAAAAAAAGCAAAAAGCGUUAUUAUAACUUCUGUCUGCAGUAUUGCAGAAAGGUUGGUUGGAGGAGUGUAUUCUUGUCAGCCUCAGAAAGAGGAAAGGUUGAGGGUGGAGAGAGAGAAACCCUUAGCUCUGUCUCUCUCUUGUGUCUUGGACCCUUUUUCUUGUAGUUGAAAAAAAAAAAUGAAUUGUGGUCCUUAUAGCCCCACCCCUUCCAUUAAACUCAAAGUAGCACUAGUGCAUAUCCUCUCACCUGCUUGUAGCUAUCCCUUGUGGCAUUGUGCAAUGUUUCACAGUAUUUACUCUGUGAGUUGAGUUGUCUGCAAGGACCAGUGCAAACAUGGUGCAGAGGCCUCUAGGGUACACGUCAGUGUCACCACCUGCCCGCCUCCUGAUGUGUCCUUUCAUAAACCUUGUGUAGACCAUCCUGUUGUCGUCAUACUGCGGUCUCUUGGGUUUCUGCUUUUGAGUGAUUUAGUCUUGUGCGAUUACUUUUUCCAUUGUGUCAUUGUUGCUCGACUGCUGGGUUUGCACUAGGGAAAAAUCGAAGGUGAUGGUCGUGAGUGGGGAGUUGCAAUAUGUAAAGUUGCUUCAUUAAUAUCGGAAUCGUAAUUGUUUGACAUCCUCUCUCUAUUAGAAAGUGCUUUAGACACGGUCAUGUGUCAUUAUGUACAACCUGGGCCUGGACUUGGUGUCUGGCGACAGAUUACGUUGGUAGACUUAUUCACACGAAUUCAUCCGUGUGUUUGUUUGAACACACAUUUGCACAAUUAAACACACACGCCACUGUCUUGUCUCCCACCCCGAUUCCCCAUCAGACCUAAACAUCAUUGUACACGAGCAUACACACAGUCUGUUACACGUCAUCCACACCUUUGUCAAGCACACACACACAGUCCCUCCUGCACCCCACCCCCAUUGUUACACACAAAGACUCAUGCACAUAGAGUACUAUUAGUAAAUAACUCUUUUUACAGGUCUCUUACUCAUGCCUUGCACUAAUGAUGCUCAUGAAUAUAUCUUGUCAUGAUUUCAGC